GCAGCGCGGCCUGCGGCGGCAGCCCCGCUCCGCUCAGCUCCGCGCAGCCGGGCCCCGCGUCGCCGACCGACGGGCGGACGGAUGGAGAGACGGAUGCCCCGGCUGGGUAGAGGCAGCCCCGACGCCUGGCGAAGGGGAGCGGCGGCGGGGGCAGCGCGCUGAGGAGAGGGGCUGAGCGGGCGCCGGGCUGCUGGAGCCCGGGCAACCCCGUCCCGCCCUGAUCCGGCACCGACACAAAUUAUUGACCAGAAAAUGGCCCAGCGAAGCCCUAUCUUCCCAACUCUUGCCCCUUCUGAAAGACGGGUUCGGAACAUAGCGCUGCACAGCCAGGCAUUGACAGCGGUCCCCUUGGCAUCCGCAAGCCUGGUGGAUCAGCUGGAGGACAGAAUCCUAAGCCAUGAGAAAACAACAGCAGCUCUUGUGGAACACGCUUUUCGCAUUAAGGAGGACAUUGUUUCCACUCUGCACAGAAUGCAGAACAAAGGGGGGGGUGACCGGUUGGCAAGGCAACUCUUGGAGGAACAUAUCCGAAACAUAACGGCGAUAGUGAGGCAGCUGAAUCGGGACAUUGAGAUGCUGCAGGAACAGAUCCGUGUCAGAGACAAUCUCAGCUAUGGAACAAAUUCUACCCUGAAGAGUCUGGAAAUGCGGCAGCUUUCUGGUUUAGGAGAUCUCCGGGGAAGAGUUGCAAGGUGUGAUGCUGGGUUAGCCAGACUGUCUGCAGAGCAUAAAAUUACCUAUGAAAGACUUCAGAGCCUAAGUAAAGACCAGCACACCUCCAAGCUGAUCUUAGAAUCUAAAAUCAAAGAGGCAGAAAUACAGAUUUCUCAUCUUCUGAGCAGAGUAGAGCAAUCAAUACUGCAACAAGAAGCAAAGCUGAAGAUUGCCUACAAAGAGAGCAACCAACAGCUCCACCUCCUGGAUACGAAAUUAAAAAAUGCUAUUGAGGAACUCAGCAGCCAGAUUUUGUCUGCACGCAGCUGGCUGGAACAGGAACAUGAAAGGAUUGAAAAAGAGCUUGUGCAAAAAAUUGACCAGCUCUCAUUGACUUUUAAGGAAAACACUGAAAUCAGUGAAAGAGCUAUAGAGGUGAAAUUCAACCAAGUGGCAGAGAAGAUUGAUAAAAUAGAAGAAAUACAGAAGAUAACAAUAGAAUCACAUGAAGCAAAACAGACUGAAGAAAAGAUAAAUAUUCGCAUUGGAAAACUUCAAAAUGAGAUUAAUGAAGAUAUAAAAGAAAUGAAAGCUGAAGUUAAUGCUGGAUUUGCAGCUAUCUAUGAGAGCAUUGGGUCUCUGCGGCAAGUCCUAGAAGCAAAAAUGAAGCUGGACAGAGAUGAGCUACAGAAGCAGAUCCACCAGAUGAAGCAGGAGGUUCCAGCAUGGGGAGAGGCUAGACCAUGACUGCAAGAUUUUGGCCAAGAUUAAUGUUUACCUGGCUAAAGAGGCAGAUGGUAAUCUUGUUCCAGUCUUUAAUCCAUAUUAAAUGCAUGGACCAACCGACAUG